UCUCCGUCUUGCUGUUAUCAGUGUGUUAUCGGGACGACGUGAUAUCAACCAAACCUGAGAGUCCAGGGAUACAGGCUUGGACGACUGGGCAGGCAUAUGAACUCCGCGCAUCGCCAUCAUGAAGACCCUCAUCCUGCUUACCACCAUUCUCCAUGUUUGUUUGUCAGCCAAAGACAGCAGUGUGUGUACGCAGCCUACCCAGUCAGGACAAUAUCAACCAAAACCGAAGAUUCCCGACCAGUUCAAGGUCAAGGUGGAAUGUAACUUACUGGACAAGAAACAGACGACAAUUGUCACGGAGGCGUACGACUACUACAGCAACAGAGGAGCCAUAACUCAGAUUCAGAAGGGGACCAAGUUCCAAGGAUACUUUGACUACCAUUCUAACGACUACCUUAAUAUUUUACCUGAUACUUCGAAAUGCCAGGUGCAAAACCUGGGAGACUCCCAGUCCAAGUUUCUCUUCGGCUAUUCGCCUGGAACCCAAGGUCAAGGUCAUAUCUUCUCUGCAUCCGGGGCUUUGCACUUCACAUCAAAUGGUUCCAAAGAGGUGUACGUCGGGAAGGCUGUCAUCCGGGGCAUUCAGGCAGACACGUGGUACAGCUGUCAGUACUGGCCGCAAAUGGAUGCAACCAUGAAUGUCACGUGGUAUUUUUCAGACAAAUCCAACUGGCAAUCUUCUUUAGGACUGGAGUCAGUUCCGGUGUCAGCUCACGUGACGGGAAUCGUCUACAGUGGCACCAGCUCCCAUACAUUUGAUCACAUGUAUAAUUUCUACGGUUUUCAAAGCGGCGCAAUCCCAACGGAUUUUGAAAUCCCGGACGGCAUCGUGUGCCCCAAACGCAGCAACGUGAAGACGAUGCCCACGUUGAGCUCCAGCUUCUCCUUGAUGGGUGAGGUCGUCAGCCUUGAGGUCACGUACUUGGAGGAGAGAUAUGACGUCAACCAGCAGAUUGCCGCUUACAGGUUCAAACCCUCUACGGAAACCAACACCGAGUACGGCUCUAACAGAAUGGUGGAGAUUAAUGACUUCAACACAGGAGUCGCCUACAUCAUCGAUGAGCUGCUAGGCAACUGUACGGUGACCAAGAUUGACCACGGCAACUUCCUGUACCGUCACGUGGCUGGCUCCUCUGGUCAGGUCCGAAUGCUGACCCCCCAGGAGUUCUUCUUGCUGGACAAAAUGAUAGACCGCUACACAUAUAUCGGGCAGAGGAAUAUCCGGGGAGUGAUGUGCGAUACGUGGACAGGCUACCACGAACAGGCUGGCUUCGGCGGCAGCGUCAGUGACAACAUUACUGUCGAAUGGUAUUUCCUUACUAAAAACUGGACAACGUGGAAUGACGUAGGUGCGGUGUUUCCAGGAGAGGGUGUUCCAGUCGCAAUGCGGGCCUGGUCUCCCGACCCAUCAGGAAAGAAUGUUCCCAUCUACAACUUCAACGUGUUCGACUUCGACCGAUCAGUACCCAACGUCCUCAAGUACGACAUCAGCCCAUGCUACGUCAAUGACAACAGGCGGAUGUUCCACUUCUCCGUUGACGGUCAGUUCGAGCAGUUCAUCUCCGACAACAUGGAACUCUUCAAGUACUCCGUCAUGUCUACCAUCGUCAGCAUGUGCGACAUCUCCUCCCUUAGGGUCGCCAACAUUAAGGUUGACCUUGACGAGGAUGUGCACGUCACAUUUGAGAUGUUGGACGUAGCUCCUGUUGUCGGCGACAACCCCAACAUCGCCCCUCAGGUGUCUCUGACUGACGCUGCUAACACCUUCAUCAACUCUGUUCAAGGGGGGACUUUCACCAUCGUUUGGAACGACUAUCUCGUCGGCUCCGGUCAGGCUCCAAGCAUCACCGUCAUGUCCAGCAGCCUGACGGAAAUGGACUACGAGAAACACCAGUUCGGUAAACCAGGAAUCAUUGGCUUUGGACCAGGGACGAUGGCCGGCGUCGGGUUUGCGAUGAUUAUUGUCGGGGGCACCAUGGGAGCUGGGGCCAGCUUCUUCUGCUACAAAUAGAUACCAACUAAUGGUACAUAAACUUCAUAUAACUGUU